UCGCAUUAUUCGAGCUAUAACGUCGAGCUGUAGCGAAUCAACGAUUGGCAAGUUAUAGUGUGCGACAACGACGACGACGACGACGACGUCGACGACAACGACGACGACAACGACGUCGACGACGACGACGACGACGACGACAGUGGUGGUGGUGAGGAUAACGACGACGGCAGCGGCGACAACAGUAGUGAGUGAUCCACAACGUCUCGAGAGGACAACUGUAAAUAAAUGCACGUAGGUGCAUGACUGGUCGUGCUAGCUACGUAACUCCCGAGUCGUGAAGAACGAAGCUGACUGCGUAACGUAUAUCUACACAUUGUAGACCGUUAGCUGCGCGACACGCGCAUAGUCUCGCGAACCAGACUCUGCACGGACGAUUCGAUUUUUUCAAGCGCGCGCUCACACUCUGUCUCUGUCUUUCUUCCUCUUUCCCUCUCCCCCUAUUCUCUCCAUCUGUCUCUCUUUCUCUCUCCCCCUCCCCGGGCCCUCUCCUUUUGGCGUGUGCUUUUGCGUUACCAAGCUCGUUUCGUCGUGUACGCGCGACUUCCUCGCCUUCCUCGCGAUCACCUCGUGUUUUGUUUCUUCGUGCGAGCAAGCGAGCGAGCGAGAGCGCGACAGUGCAAUGUUUCGGAGUACGAGCGCCUCGUGAAAUUUCUCCGAGGAAUCGUCAUUCCCCCGUCAUCCGUUCUCUCGGUCCGACGACGACGACGACGACAACGACGGCGGCGGCGGCGGUGACGGUAACGGCGCAGAAACGAGCAAAGACGGUACGGAGGCGAGUAAAAAAAGAAAAAAGAGGAGAGAAGUAGCGAGUAAUUUCCUGACACAAAUCGAAUUCGUGAGCGAUUCAUUAGUCAGUAUACGGCCAGAAAACGUCGAGGUCAUCGACGUCCCAUUCGAGGCUCCCUUUUCUGCUGGAUCGCGCGCGAACGACAUCGCGCGAUGGCAUCGUCCACGGUGGCUGUUCCAUCCGGAGCAGCCUCGGUACCGUCGGUUGGCACGACAAGCGGCGGUAUCGGCAACGGCACCGAGGAGAUCGACGGUAGUGAUAUAUAUGGCAAUGACAAUCGCAACUCCGUGAACGCUAUCGGAGGCGGUUAUAAUAACAGCAGUGGCAAUCCGGGCGACGCUCUGGAGGAGAUAACAUGCGGCAACGGCGAGAACAACGAGCAAGGUUGCACUUUGUGCAGAAGCAAACUGUGCUCGCCCCGUGUGCUGUCUUGUCUCCACGUGUUCUGCGAAGUUUGUUUAGAUAAACUGCUAAUGGAUGAAGCCGGAGACUCCAAGGUGGUCUCGGUCAUCAGCUGUCCUAUAUGCCAGCAAGAGACUUCCGUUAGUUCUAAGGGUGCUGCGUCGCUCACGUGCGACUACGUUCUCACCAAUAUACUGGAUAUGUCUGCUAUUGAGAAUAUGGCUGUACUAUGUACCUCGUGCAAGGCCAAAGAGAGUGCCGUGGCGCGCUGCUCUGAUUGCGCCAAUUUCCUAUGUCCAAACUGCAACACGGCACACCAGUUUAUGCGCUGCUUUGAGAGUCACAAAGUUGUAGCUUUUGAGGACUUGAAGCAAUCCAAGGAAGCUAUUCCGAUACACAAGCCGAUAUUUUGUGAGUGUCAUCCUGCUGAGAAUAUGAAGUUCUACUGUCAUACAUGUCAAGAACCUAUUUGCAAUGAAUGUCUACUUGUGGAACAUAAAGCUCCAGAGCAUCAGUACGAACGAUUAACAGAUGCAGAACCACGACAGAAAGAAGAAUUAUUUAAUCUAAUGACUGAAAGUAAAGCGAAAAUUACUGAAUGCGAUCAGAUUUCGACGCAAUUAGAUACUGCACUUAACGAGCUGCAAGUGCAACAUGACCAAGCAAAAGAUCUAAUUAUGGAAACUUUUCAAAGUUACAAGGCCAUACUGGAAAAAUGUAAAGCUAAUGCAUUGGAAGAGCUUGGAAAGCUUCAUGAAACCAGAGAACUUGAGAUAAUGGAUACUUUUCACAAUGUUGAAAAGACUGUAGAAAAAAUAGAGGACGCUUGUCGUUUUACGUCAAGACUCCUCGAGCACGGCGACGCAGUAGAAAUUCUAGCCCUUCGUCGCGUCGUAGGAACACAAUUGAUGAACCUAAUAAAAAACACUCCAAAACAUAGUGUAACGUACUCUAUCGAGUUUCAAACUGAUUAUAAUCAUUUUGAAAAAACUGUUAAGGAGGUGUUUGGAAAAUUUCGCACUGAAGAUACUUCGACCUCCGUCAAGACUCUUCCCGAGCCGAUCUCAACUGUGUCAGGAGUCUCUACAAAUCAGCAAAUGAUCCAUACCUCGAUCGGUUGUGCAAGCUCUCUUAGCACAAGCUCUCCUAUCUCGCUUCCCGCGUCAAUGCAAUCCUCGUUCGAAGGUGAACCCUCGUUCGUUAUUCCGCCAACCACGAGUCCUCAAAAUAUCCCACCUCCUCCACCACCUGUACCUCUUCCACCAGGUCCUAUCCACGGACUGACUAGCAUACAGGAAUAUAAUCUACAGCAACUGGCCAGUUUAGCGGAAAAAGUGGACAUGGUGGGUGACACUGGUGUCGUAGGACCUAGCUCGAACCCUAGUCCAACUCCGUCCUUUACAUUGGCAGAUCUGUUUGCCGGGGACCUAAGUUCAACGAGCCACGCCAUUAACAAUUUACAGGCUCUUGCAAAAUUAGGAAAUACUCUUGGUAAUCAAGAUCUGGUAAAUGCUACAAUUAAUGGUGGUGGUGGAUUAGUAUUGGGACGUGGACCUUCACCAGCCAUUGUGGACACCCCCAUGGUGGGUCCUCUGGCUGCCAAUAGUUUAUUAAAUGGAGGAUUCCAGUCAAUGUCCUCUUCCACUUCGCCAAUACUUUCACAGGGUACUGACGAUUUAAUAGGUGAUUCCAUGCAUAACAUGCCUGUAGUAGUAGGGAAUACUGUUGCCAAUGUAACGGGAUCAGGGACGGCGAAUUAUGCUCACCCGCGUUCAAACAAUGCAAAAUUGACGCCAAUGCAUAUCCGCAGCAAGUUUGGACAAUUAGGACCUAGUAAAGGGCAGUUUAAUUCGCCGCAUGGAUUUUGUCUGGGAACAGAUGAGGACAUUAUUGUCGCAGAUACGAAUAAUCAUAGAAUUCAGAUUUUUGAUAAGACUGGUACGUUCAAGUUUCAAUUCGGUGUUCCUGGCAAAGAAGAAGGACAAUUAUGGUAUCCCAGGAAAGUGGCCGUUAUGAAGAAUAAUGGCAAAUUUGUUGUGUGCGAUCGGGGAAACGAACGAUCCCGAAUGCAAAUAUUUACGAAGAGUGGUCACUUUAUAAAGAAGAUCGCUAUUCGUUACAUCGAUAUCGUAGCUGGCCUAGCUGUUACCAGUCAAGGGCACAUUGUGGCUGUUGACAGUGUGUCUCCAACUGUGUUCGUAAUCAGUGAUACCGGAGACCUCUUAAGGUGGUUUGAUUGUAGUGACUACAUGAGAGAACCAAGUGAUAUCGCUAUCAGUGGCAAGGAAUAUUUUGUUUGCGACUUCAAAGGACAUUGUGUUGUGGUAUUUAACGAAGACGGCAAAUUCCUGCGUCGCAUUGGCUGUGAAAAUUUAACCAACUUCCCAAAUGGGAUCGAUAUUAGCGAUGCGGGAGAUGUAUUAAUUGGAGAUUCUCAUGGCAACCGUUUCCAUGUAGCUGUCUUUUCCAGAGACGGGUCUUUAAUUUCGGAAUUUGAAUGUCCAUAUGUGAAGGUAUCUCGAUGUUGUGGCUUAAAAAUAACUUCGGAAGGAUAUAUAGUGACACUGGCAAAAAACAACCACCAUGUCCUCGUAUUGAACACACUUUAUAUAUUAUGAAGUGGAAUCAGACGGAUAAGUAUAACUUCUUUCCUACAAGUGGAAACCCUCGGAAACCGCUCUCAACGAAAGAUGGGAAAGGCAUGCCCAAGGAAUUAUGUUCGAAUUUUGGGCCUAUUGAAGCAAUAGAAACAAGUGCAGCAUGCAGCUUUAAUAGUUAUAAAAGUAUAAUGCGUCCCUGUUUUAUGAAAGUAACAAUGUUGAAAAAAAAGCAAAAAGGUAAUGUACGUCUCCGACCAAACAGUAUAAUAGUAACUUAGCAACUUGCAUUUUGGUAAACUGCCAAAGUAAAUUAAAUUAACUAAGUGGAACCAGUUAAAGAAGCAGUAAGCUAUAUCGACCGAAGCCAGUCGGGUCGCUUGUAGUAGAGAAAGCAAUCUACAUAUGGCCUUCCGUCAAAAUUGGUUGUUGUACAUCAUUUUUGACACAUCAGUAUUUUAAGUAUGUAAAUCAAAUUAUUCUAGUCUCCAGCGAGCACCUUUUAUAUGCCGAUAAUUUCGAUUUGUGCUCGGGAAAUAAGACGUUCUCGUCUUGAUUUUAAUUACAUUUGAGAACAAUAUCGGUCUCUUAGUCUUAACCGAUGCUUCAGGAUAUACACAAGAGUGCACAUAUAUUAUGUUCAAAAUUUUUCUUUUAAGAAUUCUAUAAGUAACUAAUAAGCUCAGCAGGAUAACUUUCAUGACGUGAGGAUCAAAAUUUUUCGCUUAACAGAAAAAUGACAAAAAAAAAACGUUGCAUGCUGCGAGGUAGUUGGUAGUACUCCUGCUCUUAUCAUAUCGUAUUUCUAAAGAAGAGAACGAAACGAUACUCCUCAUUGCAGCAGGCACGAAGCUUAACGAGAGAGCUAUGUUCCUGAUUUCUUUCUGCGCGUUUGAAAAUGAUAGUUGAGAACAUUAAUAUAAAAGCAACGUUAAUGUGCAAGGAAUAGAUUAUGGUAUGUUGAAAAUCAAACAUUUAAUAUCUUAUAAGAAAGAUGUCAUACACAGAGAGGAUACUUUGUGAGCAUAAAAAGUGAAAUAAUUAUUUACACUUAACGAAAAAUAAAAUCGAGUAGAUCCCAUUUGUGCAUUGUUAAAAUUAGACGAGACACAUAAUGGUUACAAUAUUUACUCAGGAUGCUUUAUUAUUAUGGUCCACUAUAUGAAUAUAAUAUAUAUACGUGUGUGAAUUAUUGGUUCGUGGUGCUAGCGAAUAAUGUAUCCAUACCAUGUAAAUGUAUUUGUUAUAAAAUUACAGGAAUCGCUGCCCCCGCAUUUUGUAGAUGCAAGGGUAACGAUUCUGCGUAAUGUAUUAUAUAAGAUUCGUAAGAACAUACGCCACUGGUAUCAUAUAGGGACGAUACUUUAUCUAUGUAAAGAGAGGGAAGAUAACGUACAGUUUGCUAAACAACCUCUAUUUAUGUACAUAUUAAUACGAUCUAUGAGAGAAAGGAGGAAAACCACAUAAGACACAUACAUAUAUAGAAAUACACAUAUUUUUUAGGGUUGUUUACAUGAUCAGCCUUAAGAUUUGAUUGAACUAAAAUGCAAUGUGUAUACAACAAUGUACAUCAGAUAUUUGGCAGAUUGCUACACUGUGUUACCUUAUAUUAUCUACAAUAAUGUUUAAUUACGAAUACUAUCUUGCCAUACCAAAUGCUAGGUAGCACAUCCAUAUAUACAUAAAUAUACAUAUAUAUACAUAUAUAUAUAUAUAUAUAUUUAUAUUUAUACUUGACUAGCUUUUAUCGGGUUUGUUUUGCAAACAGAAAAUUGUCUGAUUUUAUUAUUCGUGUGGAACAAACGUGAAAUUAGAGGAACGACGAAUAUAGAAAAGGAAGAGCAGUAAUAGGAGGCUAUUUUAAAAUUCGCGCAUAACAUCAGAAUUUGUAGUAAAAAUUGCACGAAGCCUACGUACAUACACCUAAGCUAAUCAGUCGUACUCAUCUCGUAUAUAUAUAAUGUUAGAAGUUUUAAUUUUAUAUAUAAAGAAGAAAAAAAGAAAAGAGAGAAAAACUAAUCUUGAAAUAUUUAAUAGUCAUGGUUAGCAGAGUUAUAUAAAUAAUGCCUGUGAUAAUAGUAUCGUCAGGAUAAGUUGUGUCCUUAAAGAGUCUCUGAUGUUGUUGCUAGGUAAAUAUAAUUAGAAGUAUCAAUGAGAGAUACCAUUGGUGCCGUCUGAAUGGUGUAUUUAUGCACAAUAACACCUAAUGCAGAGCCAUCAAUAGUCUCUGAUGAUACGUUACAUAUGAAAAAGAAAAGAGGAUAUUCAAAAUAAAGAGAACAUGUUGCAAAAUUUUUGCCAGUCAUUAAAAAACUCAUAGUGUAACGAAAUGGAUGACCAUUAACGAGAGGGUCUUUUACCUCACAAAAUUAUUAUAUUACGCUCACCUUAUAUAUACUUGAAUAUUUUAGUAUAGAUUUACUCUAUUUACAUAUUUUUAUCUGUGAAAGACUACUUGGCUAAUUUAGGCCACUGUUGAAAUUCACCCCUUAUUUGCCUUGAUGUUUAAAUUACAACAAUAAUAUUAAAAGGAAAAAAAGAACGAGAAUUACUUGUUACGUAAAUGGUAAUUGUGAUAGAUUUUUUGAUGAUUUUUACAAUCUCAAAAGUCUUAUUAUCCUAAUAUGUAUAGAAUUAUAUAGUCACUCUGUACGUACUAGAUAAACUUUGCUUACAUUGUUAAACUAAUAUUAAAAGCUCUCAUAAUCCAUACUAAACAGUUUUACAACUGGCAGCGUAAUCGAAGAUCAUAUUUUGAAUAUGCGAUAGGUUCUGUGUGUAUUACUUUAGCAGUACUGUUUUUAUUGCUACAAAACUUCCAAGGCCUUUUAGGUGCCAUUAAUUUCUCGACAUCAUUACAAAUGGUACUGCUUGACUUUACAUGUUACAAACGAAAUUAUUAUUGUGUCCGAAUUUUUGAUGCUGUGUUUACUGUGGAAUUUCAAUUAUGAGUACUGUUUACUUUGAUAAUUGUAGUUGUCGCUUGUUUUAUUUAUAAAUCAGCGUUGUAGUAUGUGCAUACUUGUUUUCUUCGAUUUUUCAAAAAAUUGCUCUCAACGUGCCGUUUUACAAGCUGUUUUACGAUACUUGACAAACAUAUGAGGAAGAUAUAUUUAUGAGCACCUGGAACUGUUCUACUCCAAUUUCACACAUGAUCCGAAUUGUGUAAGACACACGAUAUUUGUGAAUUGUACGUCGUAUGUCGUGUAUCUCCGACGAUGACAAAUUGUUGCUACAUAUAUCACGCGAAUAUGUUCCUGAUUUCGAGAAAGAGAAAAAACCUUUCGCGUCGUAUUAUAUAUAAUAAGAAUUAACCGCAAGAUUUAUAAGCAUUAACGGAGACAUCUACAAUUAUGUGAAAGAUAGAGGACUAACAUGACACGACAUAAACUGAAUUCUAGCCUACGGUUAAUCAUAGUCUUCCUAGAAUCCUAAAGAAGAGUAUGACUUUGCUAUAUUGAUUAGGGCAUGGCCAAUUAACACUAUAUAGCUGGUUAUAAACGAGGAAAUGCGUAACGAAGGAGUUACUUCUCCAGGAGUACCCUAAAUUAACAGCUCUAUAUCGUUUUAUAUAUAUUAGACAUGGCUUAUACAUUAGAGAGUCCGCAAUCUUCUCUUCUUUUUUUUUUUCUGUUUUUUCUCCCUCAUAUUUUUUCUUUCAGCAUAAUUUAUAUUUAUACGAAAACAAGAGAAAAAUCUACGAUCAAAAGAGAAAAAAAAUCGCGAUGGUUCACCGUGUAUAAGAGUUCCGCGUUAUUUUUGUAACGAUAUUUUUAUUCCUUACUCGCUCUUAUACAUUGUCUUAUUAUAUAUAUAUAUAUGUAUCAUUAAUUUUAAUUCUUUACGCGAGCAUUAUGUGUUCCAUUGGCUGUUUCCGAUACUAUCUCAGCGUACUACUCGGAUACGUUAAAGUAUCGUUCCUUCGGCAGGCGUUGUUGAAGGCACGGUAUUAAGGCCUGCUAUUUUGAUCUAUUACGUUUUUAUUUGCGCAAUUGGACGGAAUAAAGUUGCUUCCAUAAGCCGUAUUUAUAUUAUUAUUUAUAUAUUUUUUUGUUUCAUUGGUUUUAUAAUUUCUUAUCAGUUGUAUAUCUUACUUAAAAAGAUAAAGAAGCGUUAUCGAACGGUGUUUUUAUUAUACCAUUCAUUGCAUUUUAGUUGUUUUUCUUUUUUUUUCUUCAAUGUUUAUCUUUUAUUUUUCGUUCUUUUUCUCUUUGUUUCAAAUACUCAGUCUGACGUGAGGUGACAACAAAUUGUAUACAUAGCUCGUCGUGCUGUCUCAUUCAAAAUGAGAAGGCGAUUUAUUCGUAUAUAGUGAAUUAGAUGUAACGAGUAUUGUUGUUGAUUCUAUUUACGAUUUAACUGCAUUCCAAAUAGAUCAUUUUAUCUUUCACUUUUAUGAGAUAUAAAAAUUUAAAUUCCUUAGUGCCAAAAGAAGAAGGAAAAAAAAAAGAAAAAGGACAGACUAAUCAGAGUAUUUUAUACACAACACGUAUUGCUUAUGAUUUAUUUUUUAUUUCUCAUAAGUUUAUCUUAUUCGUGUUUUGAGUUUGCGUCGUGUGUGGGUAUCGAAGCUCUUAGAGUAAGAAAACAAAAAAA